AUGUCGUCUCUUCCUCCCCCGCCGCCGGGAUGGGCCCCUCCACCGCCGCCGCCGCCGCCUCCUGACUCUUCCAUGCUCCCUGCACCUCCUGCGGUUCCUCCUCCGCCGCCUCCCCCGUCCUCGGGCUAUAAGCCACUCAGCGAACUCGAGCUAGCGAAGCUCGAGCAGAAGAAGAACGAAUGGCUCCGCACACGACGCAACCGUUUCGGCGAGAAACGGAGGGGUGGCUUUGUUGAGACACAAAAGGCCGACAUGCCACCGGAGCAUCUGCGCAAGAUUGUCAAGGACAUUGGCGAUGUCUCGCAGAAGAAGUACACGAGCGACAAGCGCAGCUAUCUCGGCGCGCUCAAGUUCAUGCCGCAUGCCGUUCUCAAGCUGCUCGAGAACAUGCCCAUGCCCUGGGAGUCGGCGCGCGAAGUCAAGGUUCUGUACCAUGUCAACGGCUGCCUGACUCUGGUCAACGAGAUCCCGCGAGUCAUUGAGCCCGUUUUCCACGCGCAGUGGGCGGCCAUGUGGGCGGCCAUGCGGCACGAGAAGCGCAACCGACGGCUGUUCAAGCGCAUGCGAUUCCCGCCCUUUGACGAUGAGGAGCCGCCCCUGUCCUGGUCGGAAAACAUUGAGGAUGUCGAGCCGCUCGAGCCGAUCCAGCUGGAGCUGCACGAGGAGGAGGACGAGGCGGUCUACGAGUGGUUCUACGACAGCCGGCCCUUGGUGGACACGUCGCAUGUCAACGGCCCCAGCUACAAGUCAUGGAACCUCAACCUGCAACAGAUGGCCGCUCUGUACCGUCUUAGCCGUCCCCUGCUCAGCGAGCGGCAGGACUCCAACUACUUUUACCUGUUCGAGCCGCAGAGCUUCUUCACCUCCAAGGCUCUGAACGUCGCUCUUCCUGGCAGCGCCCGUUUCGAGCCGCUGUACAAGGACAUCGACCCGAACGACGAAGACUUUGGCGAGUUCAAUGCCAUUGACCGCAUCAUUUUCCGCAGCGCGAUCCGGACCGAGUCGCGGGUCGCCUACCCCCAUUUGUACAACUCGUUCCCGCGAAGCGUGCGGAACACGUGGUACUCAUACCCGCAGACCGUGUACACGCUGACGAAGAACUCGGACCUGCCUACCUUCCACGUCGUGUCCAACAUCAACCCCGUCUCGUCGCGCUCCGACACCAAGUUUACGACCACGAGCCACGAGGACGAGAUCUUUGGCUACGGCAGCAACGAGGAGCCAGAGGAAAGCCUCUUCGACCUGCCGGCCGACCUGGAGCCGUUCAUGGCCGACGAGGACCUGACCACGGACGACACCUUUGAUGCUAUCGAUCUGUGGUGGGCGCCGUACCCCUUCAACCGCCGCUCUGGCAAGAUGGUGCGCGCACAGGACGUCCCGCUGGUCAAGUGGAUGUACCUGGAGCAUCCGGCCCGCCAUAUGCCCAUGAAGGUGGGCGUUUCGUACCAGAAGCUGCUCAAGACCUACGUUCUCAACGAGCUGCACAAGAAGAAACCCAAGACGCUCCAGCGGCAGGACCUGCUGCGGACACUGAAGCAGACAAAGUUCUUCCAGCAGACGACGAUCGACUGGGUCGAGGCCGGUCUGCAGGUGUGUCGGCAGGGCUUCAACAUGCUGAACCUGCUCAUCCACCGCAAGAACCUGACGUACCUGCACCUGGACUACAACUUCAACCUGAAGCCCGUCAAGACGCUCACCACCAAGGAGCGCAAGAAGUCCCGAUUUGGUAACGCAUUCCACCUGAUGCGCGAAAUCCUGCGCCUGACCAAGCUCAUUGUCGACGCCCAGGUUCAGUACCGCCUUGGCAACAUCGACGCCUUCCAGUUGGCGGAUGGCAUUCUGUACGCAUUCAACCACGUCGGCCAGCUGACGGGCAUGUACCGGUACAAGUACAAGUUGAUGCACCAGAUCCGGUCCUGCAAAGAUCUCAAGCACCUGAUCUACUACAAGUUCAACGCCGGCGGCAUCGGCAAGGGCCCUGGCUGCGGUGUGUGGGCACCGGCUUGGCGUGUCUGGCUUUUCUUCAUGCGCGGCAUCAUCCCGCUGCUGGAACGCUGGCUGGGCAACCUGCUCUCGCGCCAGUUUGAGGGCCGUCACAGCAAGGGUGUUGCGAAGACGGUAACAAAGCAGCGUGUCGAAUCGCACUUUGACCUCGAGCUGCGUGCGUCCGUCAUGGCGGAUUUGAUGGACAUGAUGCCCGAGGGCAUCCGGCAGAGCAAGGUGAACACCGUCCUGCAGCAUCUCUCGGAGGCCUGGCGGUGCUGGAAGAGCAACAUUCCCUGGAAGGUGCCCGGUCUGCCGGCGCCCAUUGAGAACGUCAUUCUGCGCUAUGUCAAGGCCAAGGCCGACUGGUGGAUCUCGGUGGCACAUUACAACCGUGAGCGCAUCCGCCGCGGUGCCACCGUCGACAAGACUGUCGCCAAGAAGAACGUUGGCCGCCUCACGCGGCUCUGGCUCAAGGCCGAGCAGGAGCGCCAGCACAACCACAUGAAGGACGGCCCGUACGUGUCGUCGGAAGAGGCGGUGGCCAUCUACACCACGACGGUGCACUGGCUGGAGUCGAGAAAAUUCUCGCCCAUCCCCUUCCCCAGCGUGUCGUACAAGCACGACACCAAAAUCCUGAUCCUGGCCCUCGAGCGCCUGCGGGAGUCGUACUCGACCAAGGGCCGCCUGAACCAGAGCCAACGCGAAGAACUGGCCCUCAUUGAGCAAGCGUACGACAACCCCGGCACGACGCUGGAACGGAUCAAGCGCUUCCUGUUGACGCAGCGUGCGUUCAAGGAGGUGGGCAUCGACAUGAACGACAACUACAGCACAAUCAACCCGGUCUACGACAUUGAGCCCAUCGAGAAGAUCAGCGACGCCUAUCUUGACCAGUAUCUCUGGUACCAGGCGGACCAGCGCCACCUGUUCCCUGCCUGGAUCAAGCCGUCCGACUCUGAGGUGCCGCCGCUGCUGGUGUACAAGUGGACGCAGGGCAUCAACAACCUGCAGAAUGUGUGGGAGACGGCAGACGGUGAGUGCGACGUCCUGAUUGAGACGCAGCUGUCCAAGGUCUACGAAAAGAUUGAGCUCACGCUUCUCAAUUCGCUGCUGCGUCUGAUCAUGGACCACAAUUUGGCGGACUACAUCACGGCCAAGAACAACGUGACCCUUGCCUACAAGGACAUGAGCCACGUCAACAGCUACGGCAUGAUCCGCGGCCUGCAGUUUGCGGCCUUUGUCUUCCAGUACUAUGGCCUCAUUCUUGAUCUGCUUCUCCUCGGACCGCAGCGUGCCAGUGAGAUUGCAGGCCCGCCCCAUGCGCCCAACGACUUUUUGCAGUUCCAGGACCGGGAGACGGAGACCAAGCACCCCAUCCGCCUGUACACGCGCUACAUUGACAAGAUUUGGGUGUUCCUGCGGUUUUCGGCCGACGAGUCCCGCGACCUCAUCCAGCGCUUCCUCACCGAGCAGCCCGAUCCCAACUUUGAAAACGUCAUUGGCUACAAGACGAAGCGGUGCUGGCCUCGUGAUUCGCGCAUGCGCCUGAUGCGCCACGACGUCAAUCUGGGCCGCGCCGUGUUCUGGGAUCUCAAGAACCGUCUGCCCCGGUCGGUGACCACGAUCGAGUGGGAGGACACGUUUGCCAGCGUGUACAGCCGCGACAACCCGAACCUGCUGUUCUCCAUGGCCGGGUUUGAGGUGCGCGUGCUGCCCAAGAUACGCAACCAGAACGACGAGUUCCCGGUCAAGGACAGCGUCUGGUCGCUUGUGGACAACACGACAAAGGAGCGGACCGCCCAUGCCUUUUUGCAGGUGACGGAGGAGGAUGUGGCCAAGUUCAACAACCGCAUCCGCCAGAUCCUCAUGUCGUCCGGCUCGACAACGUUCACCAAGAUUGCCAACAAGUGGAACACGGCGCUGAUUGCGCUCUUCACCUACUACCGCGAGGCCGCUGUGUCGACCGUGAGCCUCCUCGACGCCAUUGUCAAGUGCGAGACAAAGAUUCAGACCCGUGUCAAGAUUGGCCUCAACUCCAAAAUGCCGUCGCGUUUCCCGCCCGCUGUGUUCUACACGCCCAAGGAACUGGGCGGUCUUGGUAUGAUUUCGGGCUCACACAUUUUGAUCCCGACAAGCGACAAGCGGUGGUCCAAGCAGACGGACGUCGGUGUCACCCAUUACCGCGCCGGUAUGACGCACGACGAAGAAACGCUGAUCCCCAACAUCUUCCGGUACAUCAUUCCGUGGGAGGCCGAGUUUGUCGACUCGCAGCGUGUCUGGACCGAGUACUCGCAGAAGCGGCUCGAGGCGAACCAGCAGAACAGACGUCUGACCCUGGAGGAUCUCGAGGACAGCUGGGACCGCGGUCUGCCGCGGAUCAACACCCUCUUCCAGAAGGACCGCAGCACGCUGAGCUUCGACAAGGGUUUCCGCGCUCGCGCCGAUUUCAAGAUUUACCAGCUUAUGCGGAGCAACCCCUUCUGGUGGACCAGCCAGCGGCACGACGGCAGGUUGUGGUCUCUCCAGAGCUACCGUACCGAUGUGAUCCAAGCCCUGGGUGGUGUCGAAACGAUUCUCGAGCACAGUCUGUUCCGCGCGACUGGCUACGCAUCCUGGGAGGGUCUCUUCUGGGAAAAGGCCUGUCUCGCCAAGGGUACUCGUCUCUGCCGCUACGAUGGAUCGCUGGUCAACGUCGAGGAUGUCCAAGAAGGCGACCUGCUCCUGGGCCCCGACGGCGGCCCCCGCAAGGCUUUUAACAUUGUGUCCGGCAAGGAACGCCUGUACCGCAUCAAGACUGGUCGGUGCGAGGAUCUGGUGGUCACGCCCAACCAUAUCCUGACUCUGCACGAACCUUGUUGCCACGACCGUGGGGACAACAGAAUGGAAGACGUGAUCGGCGACCGGUCCGUCCCGGAGAGCAGUCCUGACGGCCACUGGACGACCGUCGAGAUGACGGCGGCCGAUUUUGCGGCUAUGGACCCCUCCUCGCGCUCGCGAUACCAGCUCUACAGAGCCCCUCCAUUCGAGUAUGCCGAGCAGGACGUGCCAGUCGACCCUUACUUCUUGGGCUUGUGGCUUGGUGACGGCCACCGCGUGGAUGCUGCCAUCGCCAUCGACCCUGAGCAGGAAAUCCGCGAUUUCCUGGCGGCGUACGCCGCCGAGCUGGACCUGCAUUUUGAUCACCAUGUCGGAGACCGCACCAUGUCCGAUGGCGGCCCCAAGCACGCGUGGCAGGCGCCCAUCGUAGUCCCCACGCCCUUGCGUGCCGACCGCAGGUUGUCUCCGAGCGACCCAGUACCAUUUUCGCAGCAAACCACCCGCGCCGGGACACCGGUAGAAGCAGAUGGUCCUAAGGAGAUUGUCUUGUCAGCAUUUGACUUUGAUUGUUUCCCGGCCCCCAGAGUCGUCGACAUCACCACAGAAGCACUGGAGCACGCGCAGGUCGACGACGUCCUGGACAUGAUCCCGGUCGGGGAGGGGGACCUUCCCGCCGAUGACCUCCUGUCCGCGCUUCAAGAGAUCAAGGACGACGAGGACGAUAGAGGAGCGCUCCGCGCCGACGAACACACCCGGCAAAUUCGCUUGCGGUCUGGCCGCCGAGCCUAUGGUGACCUGAAUGAAGACGAGGAGGAGCUGCUGGCCCUGCAGAUCGCAUCUGCGGGUGCUGCGAGUGGCCGCAAGGUCAGCACCCUCCUGAAUGCCCUCCGGCCUCUGGGCGUCCUCUCCCGCGGUGUUAGCCCCGACACCAAGCGCAUCCCGGAGUGCUACCUCAAGAACUCCCGCGAGGUCCGCCUGGCCGUUUUGGCCGGUUUGAUCGAUUCCGACGGGACGUACGUCGCGAAUGACGCGGCCGGUGUCGGUGCCUUUGUCUACGCACAGUCCAAACGGCGACACUCGCGCCUCUUCUGGGACGCCGUGACGCUGACGCGCUCGCUUGGCUUCAAGGUCACCACGUCGGAGGUUGUUCCACCGCCCAGCGAACGCGCCAAGACGGCAGACACUGCCCUGCGCGCCGUCAUCACCGGGGACAUUCACGAGAUCCCGACGCUCUUGGCCCGCAAGAUCGCCAUGAGGCGGUUUGCACCUGCCACUGGCAGGUACAUGAUUACAGACAUCGAGCUCGAGGAGCAUGAGACCGAAUGGGCUGGCUUCCGCGUUGAUCAAGAUCAGCUGUACCUUCGACAUGAUCACGUGGUUGUCCACAAUUCUGGCUUUGAAAAUUCACUCAAGUUCAAAAAGCUCACAUCGGCCCAGCGGAGUGGUCUGUCGCAGAUUCCGAACCGUCGGUUUGUUCUAUGGUGGUCGCCGACGAUGAACCGAGCGUCGGUGUACGUUGGUUUCCAGGUGCAGCUGGAUUUGACGGGCAUUUUCCUUCACGGCAAGCUGCCGACGCUCAAGAUCUCGCUGAUCCAAAUCUUCCGGGCGCAUCUGUGGCAAAAGAUCCACGAGUCUGUUGUGAUGGAUCUGUGCCAAGUGUUUGACCAGGAGCUUGAUUCCCUGGGCAUCGAGUCUGUGCAGAAGGAGACGAUCCACCCGCGCAAGUCGUACAAGAUGAACAGUUCAUGCGCCGAUAUCCAGCUGUUCCCGAGCCAGCGGUGGAACGUGACGCGUCCGUCGCUCCUGUUUGACUCCAAGGACACGCUCGAGGCCACGACGACGGACAAGUUCUGGAUCGACGUCCAGCUGCGGUAUGGCGACUACGACUCGCACGACAUUGAGCGCUACGUCCGUGCCAAGUACCUCGACUAUACCACGGACAGCAUGAGUCUGUAUCCGUCGCCGACGGGUUUGAUGAUUGGCAUCGACAUGGCGUACAACCUGUACUCGGCGUACGGGCAGUACUUCCCCGGUCUGAAGAUUCUUGUACAGCAGGCCAUGGCCAAGAUCAUCAAGGCCAACCCGGCACUGUACGUCCUGCGCGAGCGCAUCCGCAAGGGCCUGCAGCUGUACGCGUCGGAGAGCAACCAAGAGUUUUUGAACUCGCAAAACUACUCGGAGCUCUUCAGCAACCAGACACAGCUGUUCAUCGACGACACCAACGUCUACCGCGUGACCAUCCACAAGACAUUUGAAGGCAACCUGACGACCAAGCCCAUCAACGGCGCCAUCUUCAUCUUCAACCCGCGCACCGGCCAGCUCUUCCUCAAGAUCAUCCACACGAGCGUUUGGGCCGGCCAGAAGCGUCUGGGUCAGCUGGCCAAGUGGAAGACGGCCGAGGAAGUCGCGGCGCUGAUCCGCUCGCUGCCGGUGGAAGAGCAGCCGAAGCAGCUGAUUGUCACGCGCAAGGGUCUGCUGGACCCGCUCGAGGUGAACCUGCUCGACUUCCCCAACAUCUCGAUCCGCGCGUCCGAACUGCAGCUGCCCUUCCAGGCCGCGAUGAAGGUGGAGAAGCUGGGUGACAUGAUUCUGCGCGCGACCGAGCCGCAGAUGGUGCUUUUCAACCUCUACGACGAGUGGCUGAAGAGCGGCAUCUCCUCGUACACGGCCUUUUCGCGUCUCGUCCUGAUCCUGCGUGGUCUGCACGUGAACCAGGACAAGACGAAGCUGAUUCUGCGGCCGGACAAGACCAUCAUCACGCAGGACCAUCACAUCUGGCCGUCGCUGACGGACGAGGAAUGGAUCAAGGUGGAAACGCAGCUGCGCGACCUGAUUCUCAACGACUACGGCAAGAAGAACAACGUCAACGUGUCGAGCCUGACGACCAGCGAAGUGCGCGACAUCAUUCUCGGCAUGGAAAUUUCGGCGCCGUCGAUGCAGCGCCAGCAGGCGGCCGAAAUCGAGAAGCAGCAGCAAGAACAGCAGCAGCUGAUGGCGACCACGACCAAGACGCACAACAUCCACGGCGAGGAGAUGAUUGUGACGACGACGUCGCAGUUUGAGACGCAGACGUUUGCGUCCAAGACGGAGUGGCGCACGCGCGCCAUUGCGACGUCGAACCUGCGCACGCGCGCCAACAACAUCUACGUGUCGCCGGCCGACAGCGACAGCGGCGCGCUGACGUUUGUGAUGCCCAACAACAUUCUCAAAAAGUUCAUCACGAUUGCGGACCUGCGUGUCCAGGUGGCCGGCUACCUGUACGGCUCCUCGCCGCCCGAGACGGACCAGGUGAAGGAGAUCCGGUGCAUUGUGCUGGUGCCGCAGAUUGGCGGUCUGCGGGGCGUCCAGCUGCCGCAGCAGCUGCCGCAGCACGAGUACCUCCGGAACCUCGAGCCGCUGGGCAUCAUCCAUACGGUGUCGGGCAACGAGCUGCCGUACAUGUCGGCGGCGGACGUGACGGAGAUGGCGCGCCUGCAGGACGAGCACGAGUCGUGGUCCGUCAACCGCGACAGCAACAUCUCCGUGUCGGUGUCCUUCACGCCGGGCAGCGUCUCGCUGUCGGCGUGGGGCCUGUCGCCGCAGGGCUUCUCGUGGGGCGUGCAGAACAAGGACACGCAGAGCGACCAGCCGCAGGGCUUCACGACGAGCAUGGGCGAGAAGCGCAAGCUGCUGCUGAGCCCCAAGUACAAGGGCUUCUUCCUGGUCCCCGAGAACGGCCGGUGGAACUACAGCUUCAUGGGGUCGGACUUUGCCGGCCUGGCCAAGAAGAGCGUGCACGUCAAGCUCGACACGCCGCAGCCGUUCUACAGCGACCAGCACCGGCCACUGCACUUCCAAAACUUUGCCGAGCUGGAAGACAUUUGGGUGGACCGCGACGACAGCUUUGCCUAA